CCUUUUCUAGGCGCAUCCAUUGACCAUGCCGUUUACUGCAAUGGCGGUAUAGAUAUUUCACAAAGAAGAAAGUGGAUUUUCUGUAAAGAUGAUCACAAUUUGAAUGGGCAAGGUCUAGUCGUACUUUUAUAGACUACAGAAUUCAGUUUCGUCCAUAUUGAUCAUUGUACUAGCCCGCACAACUUAAUUUCGCUGAUAAAAAAUAAAAAACGCGAAUUGUUUAUAAUAAAUGUUCAAUGAAGUGGUUACCGCUUCACGAGAAUAGGACGCCGAAGAAUUCGCGGUAAUCUUUCGCGACAUCUUAGGUAAUACUUGGUAUUUUAUUAUCUGAAUGGACAAUAAGGUGAAUGUCUCAGAAGUAGAAAAUAUUUCAAUGAUUGGAUCAUCUGAAAUUUUUCACCUACCUGGAGUCCCAGAGAUAUCAGACGUGUUAGAAUCGACUGGUCUCAGUCCGUUAACGUCUUCCUUAGAUCAUACUCUUACCCUUCAAGAGGAUAAAUUACUUUCUACCGGAGUUAAUAUGGGCAUAGAAGACACAUGGACCGAAGCAAAUAGUUCGACCUCGGAUUAUGCCAUUCCACUUCCGCCACCACCUGGUUUAAGCGAUUUUACAGAUAUCGGCACAGACGAACUAAUCGAUAAUAGCGGGGCUGGCAUUGAGCACGGUCCAUUUUUACCACCCGGUACACCUGCUUUAAACAAUUUGUUUUCAGAAGGUGGAGAUUCUCAAGAUGAUUCUCCAAUGGAGGAUAUAGUGUUACGCGCGGGUGUAUGUGGUCUUCGUAAUCUUGGUAAUACUUGUUUUAUGGCUGCCGGUUUGCAAUGUUUAACUGCAACUCCACCUGUUCUGCAACAUUUUUUGGAUUUGCAGCAGAGGGGGGAGAAACUUCUUCCUCCCGGAUCGCUGAUGGCACAUUUCAGUGUACUGCUUAGUAAAAUGUGGUCUGGUAGAUACAGUGUUCUCAGGCCUAUCGAAUUUAAACAAACUUUAGGAGCGUAUCAUUCGCAAUUUAAAGAUUACAGACAGCAUGAUUGUCAAGAAUUUCUUGCCCUUCUGUUGGAUUCUUUGCAUGAACAAAUGAAUACAGCAAAGGGUACAAAGAAUUGUCAAACUCCUUCGUCUACAACUACUGCCAACUCGAUUAACUCUCUUGAGAAUUCGAACGGGAAAGCUAUAUCUCCAGUUACUGCCACUAGCAAUUCGAACUGUAAUUCAGAUUUGUUAGAGAUGUAUGAUUGUUUGCCGUCGCCAGAAUGUCCUAAUAGUCCUAAUGUAACAAUGGCUGGCUCACCAAGGGACUUAGAUUCACCGAUAGGCGAGUUAGAUAGUACUGCAAAUUCACCACGGGGAUCACCUUUGAACGACGGUGACGACGAAGAGACACUCGAUUCCGACGAAACCGUUGAGGCAAAAUCAAAUACCUUCAUUCAUAAUAAAGUUGACGAGAAGGAGGAUGAGACCGUUUCUACGUUCAGACUGGAUACGCUGAUAGAACUUUCGAAAAACGUUCCCAAAUAUCACGGUCUUUAUGAUAUUCAUAAAGAAGCGAAAACUAGUAAUGCGAAUUUCUUAGUGACACAACAAGAAUGUAAUAACGAGAUUCGUUAUGAUUCACAGAAAUAUCCAAAGGAGAGCGUUCGUAGAAUGCCUUUAGACAACUCGAAUCUGAUGGAAAAUCAUGUUUUCGACAAUAAAAGCGUCAGUUUUAAACGAAUAAAAGAAGUUAACGUUCAAAAAGUCAAUUCUGGUGUGGAUUACGCAUCGAGCGGUUCCGAUAUAGAGUACGACAAUGGUUUAGAGAAGUGCAACGUGAAACGUAUGAGGCUAGAUGAUCAAGAGAAGAAUCACAAACGCGAUGGCCUUGGAAGUAUUAGCUCGCAGUGUACACGGGUCUCUCAAAGUUACGGCAAUGGAGCUAUCGCCGCGCAAGAUGAGAUUGAGGCGGAUAAACAUUGGGCAAAUCACUUAGGGUCUAAUAGGAGUAUAAUUGUUGACACUUUCCAGGGACAGUUUAAGAGCAAGGUUGUUUGUGCAGUGUGUAAACACGUGUCGGUUACGUAUGAGCCGUUCAUGUAUUUGUCAGUACCGCUACCCCAUGCGAUAGAAAGGCAAUUGAACGUCACGUACGUGCCUGCGAAUGGCGAUCAAACUAUUAAGUGCGUCGUCUCGUUGAACAAGCAGUCACGAAUUGGAAAAUUGAAGGACGAGUUGCUCAAAACGUUGAGCAAAGAAAACAUCACAGUGGCGAACAUUGCGCUGGCAGAAGUCUUGGAAAACCAUAUAUCAAAGAUUCUGGAUGACAAUAUUCUCUUGAGACACAUCAAUGAUACGAAUCGGUCUAUAUACGCCUUUGAACUCACGGAACCCCCUGACGCGUACACUUCAGUGCCAGAUGGUGGUGGCGAUCGCGUGGUGGACGCUGACGUCUGUCAGAAAUCAGCGAUUACGGGAGACGAAGUUCCAUGUACGAUUUGCCUCGAAGAAUUGGACGGCGAUUUGAAAAGGCAUAGCGGGAACACUUGUAAUUUCGUCAUGUGCGACGUCUGUAUCGAGAACUACUUCAAGAAUCAAACAGAACCCCAAUUGUGUCCGAUGUGUACAACAUACAUCACCGCGUCGUCCUUCAUUAAAAUAGAUCAAACGGGUCGGCCGAGGCCUGCAGUUCGAAUUUUAAAUGUACCGUUGGUUUUGAGGCAUGACACGACGAAUGAAACGACAAAUAACCGCAAGAGAACUAAACUGUUCGGAUACCCGCAUUUAGUCAGAUUACCUUCAAGGGUAAAUGCGAAAGAUUUGUAUGAUAUUGUUAGGCGAAACGUGCCGCAAGAAGGAAGUUACACGCUCCAUUUUGUUACAGGCCAGGGCCAUCACUGUUCUCGUUGUAUGUAUACUGAACAUUGCACGGGUUGCAGUGUGCCGGAAACCGACAUGGUUGUGUUGCAAAAUGGCGACACUUUAGCCGUCCGGUAUACAGAUCACGUUCCUAAGAUCGCGCCUUCGAUCGAGCAUGUCAGCAUUAGCAAACAGAGGCCCCAUCAUCCUUUGUCUUUGUACGACUGUCUUCAAGCAUUUAGUCAGAGCGAAACAUUAGAUGAACAUAAUCCUUGGUUUUGUCCAAAGUGUGAACGAAAUCAAUGCGCUACGAAAACACUCACGGUUCACAGAUAUCCCAAGUUCCUUAUAGUUUAUUUGAAACGAUUUGUCUUUUACGAGUGCGCCAGUAUGAAGUUAGACGAUAAAGUCACAUUCCCUUUGGUUGGUUUAAGUGUGGGUCGACACUUGUACGAUCUUUACGCCUGCGUCUGCCAUUAUGGAGGAGUAUCGGCCGGACAUUAUACAGCAUACGCGAAGAAUCCACGGACGGACGUGUGGUACUACUACAAUGACGAGAUUACGAGCAGGCAGAAGCCUCAGGACGAAGACUUUAGCAACGCUUAUAUACUUUUUUACAGUCGGCAAGGGACCAAUAUAAAACCGUGCAAUAUAUAACCGGUGCUGAAUCCAAGAACCUGGAGAAUCUGGGGAAGUGAUGCUAGUGAGAGAGUAAAAGUGGGGAAAUGGGAGGGUUGCGGAGAGUCGAUGGAGCGGUUUCUCAGGUGUUCCGUCGACACGUUUACCGAACUACGUCGUCGUAUCGAAUGGAAAACUGUUCAGAAAUUUCAUUGUUUAUUUUUCCCGGUGAUCUGCUCGUGGCCAGUCUCCUUUUCGUGUCCCCUGUUCCUCUCUUGCGUGCCAUUGUUUCUCGUUGUCUCGGGAUUCUUCUCGCGAGCAUCCCGCGGACACAGCGUAGCUUGUACAACCCGAUCAACGCGUCUUAUUUGUUGACUGCCGAUUGUCGUUUAGCAGCAAGAUCGUGCGCGUCUCUUCCGUUGAACGUUUGUUGCAACGCCGUUUUCACGGUCAUCGAAUCGUCGACGUCGAUCGCGAAAACAGAGUCUGUGAGUGGAACUGUUGAUAUGUGCUUAUAUAUUAACAUAUAUGUGUAUACGUAUGUAUACGUAUAUGGGUACGCGUGUGCAUAUGUAUACGUAUGUAUAUAUUAAUGUAUGUAUGUAUUAAUGUAGGGAGCAGAGAGAUUAUCGACGCAUCGAUGCGAAGAAAGUAACAUAUAUUUGAAUGUGACGAAAAGAAAAUACGACAAAAUGAAAUGGUUGCUAUGAAUCACUGUCGCCAACGCUGUCCCCGUUGCCGUCGUAUCACACAAGAAACGACUUUCUCUAUUCCUUUCUCUAUCGCUCUCUUUCACGUAUUCCCUUUGUCCCUUUCGUAUUCGUAUCCAUCGUACGCACCUUGUCUUCGUGUCUCGUCUUUCGCCGAACCCGCCAAAUUAUUUUCCCAUUCAGUUUUUCGGAGGCAAGCAGCAGCCUCGCCCGUACGAUCGUCUUGCUUCGAUUAUCGAUCCCUACAUUAAUAUAUGUGUAUAGUAUGUAUAUGUAUAUACUUGGGAGAAGGACUGAGAAUUAUAAUACUUAUACCAGCCGAUAAACGUGUAAACGUAUGCGUCGAGUUUGUACAGUAGGUGAUUAAACAUAGACUCCAGGAUUUUGAACAGACGUUAAUUUAUUAGCGAAUAAAAGGUGAACAUUACGACUAGAAGACACUUAAACUUAUGCCCGUUUAACGACAGAUUGUAUAACCAUUCGCUGUAUCAUCGUUUUUUCCUCUUUUACCCGAACGGAUACAAGACUGCUAACAUACAUAAACAUGUACCGAACGAGCCGAUAAGAAUUGUCGUCCGAAGUAUAACUGUCGUUGUUUAUCGAUCCGACCGAUAAACUGUGUUACACGAAAUACGAACAGAUUUUUCCGCGUCCUUGAUAAUUCUGUCGCAGAGCGAUCUUCGAUCCACUCGACGCUCGGACGAACCGAGGCUCGUAAGACGCGAUCGAAUCGCAAACGAGCUCCGUCGAAUGCAACGUAUCCUCGUGUAAAACAGUUUUUGGCAACAUCAAUGAACAAGUUGCUUCAGACGACAACUGUUAUUUGCUCGCUCUGUACAUAUUUAUAAUCUGCAUGUACAUUGUGUAGCAAAAACAAACGUUGUAUUUGCAGAUUAUUUAUUAAAUUAGUUUUGUUGUAAUUUUAUUACAAGAUAUUCAUUUGACUUGUUUUCAUUGUCAUUAUAAUAAUAGUAAUAAUAAUAGUAUUAACAAUAAUAAUAAUAAUAACAAUAAUAAUAAUUAUCAUCUUUAUCAUCAUCAUCAUAAUACGUAAUGUUCGUAUUCGUACGCACUCGCGCGGAUGCACAUCCACUCGCAUAUACACACACGGACACACGCGUUCACACACACACACACACACACACACACACACAGAGUACACACGCAUGCGUUAUCAUAAAUCAUCAUAUCCGUCGUCAGCGUACUGUUCACGAGCUGAUAUAUCGAACGCCUGCGGAGAUGUUUCAUUGUAAAAAUCGCGAAUCGAAUUGUUGAUGUUUAUUUUCUUUUUUUUUUUUUUUUUGAUCGUACAAUUUUGCGACUAUUUCUUUUCUACUUCAUUAGACCGCCUGUACAACAUGCGAACGAAGAGGAUCGGCUAUAAAGUAUUUUCGAUCACGCGGAUCGUUUUACAAGAGUUUUCAAAUCACAAAUUACAAAUUUGAAGAGAAAUAAAAGAAUUGUCGGAUG